GACAAUACCAGCAAAAAGGAUAUAUUUGCAAAGUCCAUCGCGUGUCUGCAGAUCUUCAAUGUUUUGGUCCAAACUAUUACACGCAAGGCCCAAUCGUUGUACAUUACCGAACUAGAGCUGAUGACGUGUGGAUAUAUUGUAUGCUCUCUUCUGACGUACGGUUUUUGGUGG